CCCCCUCCCGUGGCCACUGGUCAACCCAGGAGGAAGCUAAGGCAAUCAGACCCUCCCCUCCAGUCCAUCACUGAAGGAGAAGGCUGCUGCGCGGUGCCGGACUCCACUUCCCAGCAACGCCCGGGGCGCCCCUCCAGGACUCCAUUUCCCAGAGUUCCGCGGGAGGGCCCGACCUGGUCUCGCUGCCUCCACCUAGCCCCAGCGCAUGGCAGGACUCUCAGCCGGCGCCUGAAGCCGCUCUCCGUGCAGGUCGGGUAAGGCGCAGGUGCAGCCAACAUGGGUGAGCCCCAGGGGUCCAUGCGGAUCCUAGUGACUGGGGGCUCUGGGCUGGUGGGCAGAGCCAUCCAGAAGGUGGUAGCAGAUGGGGCCAGGCUGCCCGGAGAGGACUGGGUGUUUGUUUCUUCCAAGGAUGCUGAUCUUACGGAUGCUGCACAGACCCGAGCGCUGUUUGAAAAAGUCCGGCCCACACAUGUCAUCCAUCUUGCUGCAAUGGUGGGGGGCCUGUUCCGGAAUAUCAAAUACAAUUUGGACUUCUGGAGGAAAAACAUACACAUCAACGACAACGUGCUGCACUCAGCCUUCGAGGUGGGGGCGCGAAAGGUGGUCUCCUGCCUGUCUACCUGCAUCUUCCCCGACAAGACCAGCUACCCUAUUGAUGAGACCAUGAUUCACAACGGACCUCCGCACAGCAGCAAUUUUGGCUACUCUUACGCCAAGAGGAUGAUCGACGUGCAGAACAGGGCCUACUUCCAGCAGCACGGCUGCACCUUCACCGCUGUCAUCCCCACCAACGUCUUUGGGCCCCAUGACAACUUCAGCAUCGAGGACGGCCAUGUGCUGCCUGGCCUCAUCCACAAGGUGCACCUGGCCAAGAGUCGCGGCUCAGCCUUGACAGUGUGGGGCACAGGGAGGCCUCGGAGGCAGUUCAUCUACUCACUGUGGGCGAGGAGGAUGAGCUGUCUAUCCAGGAGGUGGCUGAGGCCGUGGUGGAGGCCAUGGACUUCCAUGGGGAGGUCACCUUUGAUACGACCAAGUCGGACGGUCAGUUUAAGAAGACGGCCAGUAAUGGCAAGCUGCGGGCCUACCUGCCCGACUUCCGGUUCACGCCCUUCAAGCAGGCCGUGCAGGAGACCUGUGCCUGGUUCACUGACAACUACGAGCAGGCCCGGAAGUGAAGUGCGCGGCGGGAGCGGGUGCCGCCUUCUCCCCGGCGCUCAGCCGGCAGAGCCCAGCGGCGGCCACUCAGAACCUGCCGGGGCUGAGGGCACUGCCCUCGUGGCGGCGGGCCCCUGCUCCACGCCCUCUGCCGGGGCAGGCCUGGCUAACUGUCCGGUGAGGCCCACCGUUCACACCCGUCCUCAGGGAAGCCAAGGCCUGGCCAGGCCCGGCACCCUGCUCCCCAGCGCCAGCCGCAGAGCAUGUACACUUCUGAUCCCUGGGAGCCAAUAAAGUGCAUUUCCACAG